GUUUCCAGGACAACAUGUGAUGUUCUGUCAGUGUUAUGGAGAGGAGCUGCUACUCAUUGCUGGAACCUGAGUCAGUUUUUACCACGCGGGGCGAGCAGCGCCUCAGUGUCCCCGCGGCCCCGGAGGUGACCAUGGCGAAAUUCAGAUUCCCUGGCAAAGCUUUAAAACUCAACACCAGAAAGAGAGUCAGGUUUCGAGGGAGUCAUGCAACACACACGCCCGAAGAGCUGUACACGCGAAGGAUACGCAAGGGUCUGGAUCUAUUUACGCAGAUAUUCGGGGACUCGGACGAGUUGACUGAGAUUGGCGUGAGUUAUGGUUGCAGAAGUAACGAGGAUGAAGAUGAGUUUGAGGGUUUUAUCUCGGGCCAGCCAGAGGCACGGGUGGCUGGGAGGACGGGGACCGUGCCACCUAGAUCAAGGACGGGGAAGAGGGCGGCAGCACAGAAGGCAGAGGAGGCGUGCCUAGCCCUGGAGGAGGCGGGGCUGGCCACCACCAGAAGGACCAGUGUUGUGGAGGGGGCGGUGAGUGAGGUGCGGGAGGAGGGCAGGAGCAGGACAGAGGGUGUCAGUGCCCAGGAGCGUGUUGCUGCCCCCCAGGAGCCCCUGGUGCCGGGACAGGACCCCUUGCAAGGGCCUGGGGAGGAGUGUGUGCAGGGAACCAAGCCGUGGCAGGUGGCCGCCUCUAACCGUGUGACGCGGAGACAGACAAAUCAUAGAAUUAGUAGACCGCCGACGGUUAAGACAGCCCUGGCCAAGAAACUGUUAGCCAAGGCCAAAAAGAAAGUUCCGUCGCUGCCCGUGGUCGGUGAGAAAAGUCCGAAAAGGUUCAUCCUGCCCACCAUGAGUGUGCGGUCCUCGCGCAUCAUCAAGCCCAACAAGAGGUUAUUCGCCGACAUUACAGAAAUAUGCUCCCCCGGGGGGCUUCCGGAGGCUGGCCCAGGGGCGGAGGCCGGGGAAGGUAGCAUUAGUGUUUCGCCCAAGAGACUUGUUAAGUUGACUCGCAAGGGUCGUGGUUCUCACACACAGUUCCUGUCUCUACCUCGCUCGCGGGCACAGGAUAAAAGCACUGCCUCAGGGAUGGAGGGCGUCCGCCGCACCAUCUCCAUCUACACCGAGGCCAUGACGGGGCCGUGCAAGGGGCAGGUGGGCCGCCCCCCCAAGCGCCGGGUGGAGGCCCCACAGCAGGAGGUGGAGGCGGAGGCCCCAGACUCACCCCAGCGCUGCGAUCCCAAGGAGUCCAGGGUGAAGGAGAAGAUUGAGAAGCUGCUCCGCUCACCCUGGGACAACAGGCUGAAGCAGACUGCCAAGGGUGGUAAGGGUGAAGGGGAGGAGCUGAUGCCUGCACCUUCCUGCACCACCUCCCCUGUGCUGGCGGUCUCUACACUCCCCCGCAACAUCCUCAGAAGACCGCGACUCAACCUCAACAAGACCACACUUCAAAGGUUACGGAACCCAGCCUCCCUGCAGAGAUUUAUUCCAGCCUGCGAAGGAGGGAGUGUGGAAGGAAAAUGUGCUGUCUGUGAUAUUGCUGGGGAAAAUUUUUAUAAGUUUGGCAUCUUGUUCUGUGAGAUGUGCAGUUCAUUCUUGGACAAAGCCAGUGCUGGGCUGAAGGAGGUAAUGGAGUGCCUGGAUGGCAAAGGAGAGUGCCAGGUGCAGGGCCUUGAAGUGGAGGACAGGUGCCCCGCCUGCUGGCUCUAUCGGGUCCUCACCUCCUGCUCCAUUAGCAACAUACUCCACGACCACCUAAGGAAGCGCCUGCCACCACACCUCAAGGAGCAGGUGCCCACCAGCCUGGCCCGCUGCAUGAGUGCGGGUGCCACUGCCACGUCCACAGAGAAAAAUGAUGAGCUGACCAGCCACAUGAAGCGGCUGCCCCUUGACCCAGGAGGAGGAGGUGCCUUUGGCUCAGUCAUAGACCUGCCAGGAGGGUGGCGGCGCAAGACUGGGCCUGAGGUCAUUGUCAUCAGUCCCAGUGGGGAGAAGUUCCGUAGUGUUCAGAAGCUUGAGGAGUUUCUUAAGAAGCAGGGCAUUAGGGCUGAUGCACGGGUGCUCUUUGGCAACAGCAGUCCAGCAGUGGGCCAGGCAAGUGAGAGCGAGGCAAAGAGCAAGCCCUCUGUCCCAGGCAAUGGGGGAUCACGGGGCAAGGUGGUGAUGACCAUGCUGCCUGGUGGGUGGACGCGCAGAAUCAAAUGGAGGUCAGCAGGCGACAGGUUUGAUACGUACGUGUACAGUCCAGACGGCCGCACCUUCAGGUCACGGAGGGAACUCAGCUCGUACUUCAGUCUCAUUGGAAAGGUGGAUGACAUUCACAAGUACUUCCCAGUGGUGACCGGUCACUCUGAUGCUUCCAUUCCCAGCUCCAGCGACACCCCAGGCUCCUCCAGCACUGAGCCAGUCUCUAGCUCAGAGCCGUGUUCUGAGGUUAGCUCUGAUGACAAGUCUCCUGAGGCGGCUGCCUGCCAGGCCGGCCAAAGAAAGCACAAGUUUCGGAAACCUUCUCACCUUAGCAAGGGAAAGAAGUCUAAAAUACCUCAGGUCAAGCCUCAGAAGUUGCAGGAGAAAGCCAGGAGCAAACCUCCAACCCAAGUGUUUGUCAUGGAGGAGAGUGUGGAGGAAGGGGACCGCAAGGACCAGGAGUCCCAGGCCGAGGCCAGCACCUCACAGUUCAAACAGAAGCAGAAAGUGUCCUCCAGGACCAGGACACUGUCUGCUGGGAGAAAAGAAGACACCAGUUUGACUGAUACCACAGAAAGUGAAUCAGAACAGAGGAAACCUGAAACCAUUCAGAUGUUUUCCAAGACUUACACUAGAGGUAGAUCCAGGAAAUCAAAACAGGUUGUUAGUCCUCCUCUGUUUGGUAACAACAGUUCCUCAGUUUGUUCACCUCAGUUUGGCAAGGAUAAAGCUUCAAGCAUUGCUCAGGAAACUCAGAAAGACACAGGCGAUGGUAAUGACAUGAGCACCACUGUGGACGCUGGGGACGUAAACCUCUCAGGUAAAAAACAGAAGAUACAAGAGGAAGGAACAGCCUCCCCUGAACCAUUUACUGUCCUGCCAGAGUCUGGUGACAAAGAGUCCAGUGUGCAGGAGAGCGACACCAGAAACACUAGUGGUAAGGCCUCUCAGGACAAGAGGACCAAGAAGGCAGCUGACCAGGGCUCAGCCUCCCCAGAGCCAAGUGCGUUGUCUGUGAGUGACAGCAAACUGACCACUAAAAUAGUCUUAAAGAUACCCAAGAAAGCUAUUAAGAUUAAACCUGUCAGAAAAAAGAUGAACAGAGGCAAACGUAUCAAGAAGAAAAACAAUUCAGCUGUGAAAGAAGAGAAGCAGACUUCAAAGUUGCCCUUCCUUGAAGACAAAAGCUGGGAGACGAAACCACUGACAGACACCAAGAAGUUAUCAGAUGUGACUCAGGGAAAGUUGCCCAGUCAGGAAGGUGGAGCGGAACCAGCCGGCUCUGAGUCGGAUGGACUGGUUAACUAUGACAUGACUGAUAAGUCUAGAGUGGUGACCUCACCCAGCAUGUCUGAAGGGGAAGGACCCCAACCCUUUAUAGUACCUGGUGUGAAGAAAACCAAGCCUCAAAAGUCUUCAAGGAAAUGUGAAACUCAACACUUUGGUCAAGGGUGGACCAGACGGAUCAGGUGGAAUGACAGAGGGGAGGGGAGGGUGAGCCUCCUGUACAGUCCUGAUGGCCAGAGCUUCAGAUCCAGGAUAGAGCUGAGUGCUUACUUCAAGAAGGCCGGCAAACCUCGCGUUGACCUGGAUUAUUACUUCCCUUUGGCCCUGCACAGACCUGCCUCUGCAGCAGACAAGGACCCCUCAGCCCUGGUCACCUCCACCUCCACCCAGUCCUCGGAGAGCAGUGAGUUUUCAGACAGCGAUGCAUUCAUCAAGACCUCAGAGGACUCGUGGGCCUCCAGUGAGGAGACCAGAAGGUCCCAGUUAUCGCACUCCAUGAAGCACUACCACAGGAUACCAGGUGUCAAGAACAGCAUGGAGGACAUGGUGGAGGAGAUGCCCCUCUCCUCCUACCAGAACUCAGGCAAACCCUCCAGCUGUCUCCAGACCUUUCAGGAGGAUGGCAGGAAGUUGAUGCCUCUCCCCAGCAAGGGAGGGAAGAACAUUGUGGUCUCCAUACACGAGGUGAAGCGUAGCGGUGCUGUGAAGUCUGAGACGGAGGAAGGGGAGGAGUUGCUGGACGAGGCUGGUGGGCCGCGCGUGAAGCACGUCUGCCGCAGCCAGGCACAGGUCCUACGCAUUACCCGGGCAGUCUUCCCCUCACCCAAGAAGGAGGAGGACCAGAUGAGCAGCAGUGUGGUCACUGCCAAGCCAAAGGGGGAACAAAAGCGCAAGAUUGUGACCGUGACAACAACCUCGAGUGGCAAGGUACCGGUGCUGCGCAAGACCCAGUGGUGUGGCAAGUGUCCUGGCUGCACCACACCCAACUGCCUCAAGUGUUCCAACUGCCUUGACAUGAAGAAGUACGGCGGGCCCGGGACCAAGAAGAAGCCUUGCAUCAUGAGAAAGUGCCAGAACCCAAGACUGUCCAUCAAGUCAGCAGGCACCCAGGAAGUAGGAGGCAAGACCACACUCAUCACCACUGCUGCUGCCGCCACUGCCAUCACCACCACAGUCACUACGCCCCUCUCAUCAAACUCACAGAAGGACCUGCGGAAGGUGUCCCUCCUAAACCUGAAGGUACAGGAGAAGCUGGAGGUGCCAGAUCUUGAGAGUGACAGCACCUCUAAGUCCCUGGAACCAGAGAAAGGAGGAGUGUUUAUUCCCCGGCAGAUGACUCGCAUCCAGCCUGACCAGAAGGAUCGUGGAGAUAUAGCGGCAGGGAAGCAGUUUGUGCCAAGUGCUCUGGUGAACAUAGACUACUGGCAAGGCUACGAUGCUGAUGAGAUGAUGCUCACUGGUUAUCCCGUCACCACUGCCUCUCCACUCCAUCCUCAGAUACUCUGUUUCCGCUGUGGCUCUCUGGGAAAGGAACAGCUGCUGUACUGUGCCUGGUGCUGUGAGGGCAUCCACCCCUACUGCCUGGAGGACGGGGAGGGCCCUGAGUCAGAGGCGGAGGAGGUGUUUUGGAUCUGCCGCCGGUGUGCUGUGUGUCAUGUGUGUGGUGCUCCUGGGGCAGACUCCCUCCUGAGGUGCUCCGACUGCCGCAACUACUACCACCUGGAGUGUCUGGGCCCCUCCGCACACAGCACCUGCCAGCCCACUCAAGACCGCCCCUGGAAAUGUGUGACCUGUACACGAUGCAGCAGCUGUGGCAGUCCCAACGUGACUCGCUGGCAGAAGAUAACACAGAAGAGCAAGACCUUAGAAGUGACUCUGUCCGAGGAGUCCCUCACCACCUACCUGGCCCUGUGCCUGCGCUGUGCUACUCUCAGGGAACGAGGCAACUUCUGUCCCCUCUGCAACGGCUGCUACGAGGAUGAUGACUACGAGGCCAAGAUGAUGGAGUGUGGACGGUGCAGGGAGUGGGUGCACGCUCACUGUGAGGGCCUCAACAAUGAGCGCUAUCAGAUCCUCAGCUUCCUGCCCGACACAGUGGAGUAUGUCUGCCGCAGCUGCAUGGUGGACAGCACCUCCAGCUGGUUGGAUGCUGUUAGCAGUGAGUUGCUGGCUGGGUGUGAAGCUGUCUUGCAAGCUCUCCUCAACAGCAAGUGUGCCAGACAUCUGCAAAAGAGAGACACCUCUACUAAACUGUCUUCCUCAGGACUCCUCACUCCAUUACCUUUUCCCGGCACCCCAACCCUGGAGAAGACUGAGGAGCUGCCCUUGGAGAGGAUGGAGGAAGAACAGAGUCCUGUUGAAACAACAGCAGCAGCAGCAGCAUCAGCAACAGGCAGUAAAGUCUCAGCAGAAUCUCCUGGGCCAGCCUUGUCCUCAGGGUAUCAGCAGGCAGCCCUUCCCUUCCCUGAGUGCAGCUCUGCCACAGAGGGUGAUGUGGCACUGCGAACACCUCCUGGAGAGAGUGUGUGUGAGCCAGCUGAGGCCAGCCAAGUGGGAGAAUUUGGCAUGGAAGUUGACUCAAGCCAAGUGCCAAGUAAACCUGUCACAGAGUCUGCAUCAGGAGGUAGCACACUUUUAGGAACUUCUUUGAGCUCUGCAAAGGGCAUAUCUCAGGGUGAAGCAGUCAGCCCAAAGCCUGCUGCUGAGCAGGCCUUAGCUCCAUUGUACAGUCAGACAGAACCCAUGGCAGCUAACAGUAAUACAGAAAGAAGUGGUUGUGUUGAUGCCUCAGAGAAAACUGAUCUCAAAGAAAAAACCGUCAAAGAGAAAACUGAAGAAGAGGUGCAGUUGUUCCCUCGCCGACAGACUCGCUCGUGCACCGCUGGCUCAGCCCCUGCUGCUAUUAAUCCACCUGCUGCUGGAGUCUCCACAGACCCCAUCAAACUGAAGGAGUGCUCUGUGAGGCUGGAAGACAUCUGCAAGUCUAAGUCGCCUGCCUCAUCUCCUGUCAAGAAUAAACCAAUUGAUCAAGAUACAACACCAAAAACAGAAAUUCCAGUGAGUGUGGAAAUGAGUGAGCUGCCUCAGGAGCCUGUGCUUGAAAAGCCUGCACUCCCAGAGGCUGCAGAAAAGGACUCUAAAGGUGUCUCUAAGGAAAUAGAAAGUGUAAGACACAUAGAGGAGGAGCAGCCUGAGGUCUUAACACGAGAGGCCCUGCAGAGCCUCCUGCCCCUCAGUGACACUGGAGUGUCCUGCACGCAGGUGGACGGCCCAAACGACGAGACCACAGCCACCUCUCGGGUGAUGAGGAACCUGUUCAUGGGGGACCGAAACCAGAUGAUGCUGGAGACCACCGGGCUGCUGGAUGCCAAGACAGAUGCUGCUGAAGGGAAGAGCCUGGCCCAGGUGGAGGCACAGAUCAUUAGUCCCAAAGAUAAGAUAACAAAAGACAUAGAUGAUGACUGUGUAAGCAGUGAAGAGAGUUCAUCUUGUGACACAGACACAGAGAUAGAGAGCAUUCAGGAUGACCCUGAGGAGCCAAGGGAUCUGUACUCAGUAAAGGACAAACUGAAGGAGAAGAAGUAUGAGUCGGUGCUGCAGUUCCAUGUGGACAUGGUGAGGAUCAUAGAGAACGGACGGCACCUCAACCGCAGCCAGAUCCGCAACGUUCAGGCCACCUAUGCCAAGCACAUGAAGGAGUGCUUCCCAUGGUUUGAUGUCAAGUCUGCCAAUGUGUUCGACCUGGUGGAUAAGCAGCGGCCAUUUCCAGUGCCCCACCAGGACCACAGCUAUAUCGCCCGCACCCUGGUGUCUGGCUCACGCCACUUCACCUUGCGAGAUGCCCCCAUCUUCAGGAAGCGCUCCACCAGCCCCUCCAAGUGGCUGCACCACGGCCCUCCUGACCGCCGCAAGUGUGUGCUGUGCGGCCGGGAGGGCGAUGACGACCCCAACUCGUCAGGUCGCCUGCUGUACCUUGGCCAGGACGAGUGGCUGCACGUCAACUGUGGCCUGUGGUCCUCAGAGGUGUAUGAGGAGGUGGAUGGGGGCUUACAGAAUGUGUACCUGGCAGUGAACCGUGGCCGCCUCAUCAAGUGCUCAGCCUGCCUGGAGCGUGGCGCCACAGUGGGCUGCUGCCACAAGUCAUGCCAGGCCACCUACCACUUCAUGUGUGCUCGCCGUGCCUGCUGCCAGUUCAUGGAGGACAAAAGGAUAUUCUGCCCACAGCACGAGAGCAUCACGAAUGGGGUGGAGAAGUCCGACGACUUCAAAGUGAGUCGCUGUGUGUAUGUCGACAUGGACUGCGAAAAGAAGAAGUGGAAGCAGGUGGCCGGCAACCGGGUCAGCAUCACCCUGGGCGCCCUCACCAUCAAAAACCUCGGCAGGAUCGUGCCAGAGUCGGACAGCUCUGAGGCACUCAUCCCGGUGGACUUUGUGUGCAGCCGCCUGUACUGGAGCACCGUGGACCCCACCCGCCAGGUGACCUACACCUGCCGCACCCGCCGGGUGAUCCCCACACUGGAGGACGCCUCGCUUCUGGGGGAUGCCGCCUUCCACAAGACCAUCGACCACUCCCUGGGGGAGGACACAGUGCACUGGGAGAUGGCUGCCGUCAAGAAGUGGUUCAAGCAGCUGGAGGAACGCAAGGUGGAGAAGAAGUCCCGGGAGACCAACAUCAUCCCGCCACACCUGUGUCCCCUGUACCGCAGCAUCAGGGAGAAGGAGGAGGAGGAGCGGGGUGCCCGGCAGGAGGUGCGGUGCAGGACGCCACCUGCUGUGGUGGAGAUGGAUGUGCGGCAAUGCAUUGACGACAUCAUCGACAAGGUGAGUCGCUCAGUGGAGGAGGAGAGCUUGCUCUUGGAGACAGACUUGCCUGCCAUCACAACCUAUGACGACAAUGAACUGAUAUCAAUGGUGCUUAAUGACCUGGAUGGGUGUGACCCCAUCACCCUAGAAUCAACCCCCUCAACCUCAGGCAGACCAAGCCCACUAGAUAUUGACUUCCUGAGCCACUGCGAUCAUAUGAUGGACUCAGGGAAAGUGACUCACUCAGGAACCAUGACUCAGGAGGCUCAGGAACCAGACUGUGACCCACAAGUGAUAAUGGAUACAAACGCUCCCCUCGCCGCGGCCCACCAGGCCUUCCAGGGGGACCCCGCCGAGGCUGACGUGAAGGAGCCCAUCCUUCAGACACUGCCUCCCCCCCCAGCCCAGGACCUCACCUCCCUUCCCUCCACCUCAGUCCCUCUGCCCCCAACCGGCCACGUCAUGAUGAACCAGGACCAAGUCAACACUGGCAGCAACACCAACACUUCAGCAGACACCUGCAACUCAUGCAAUAAGGAGAAUAAGAAUGACACAGGCAGCAAUGGCAGCAGCAGCAGCAGCAGCAGUAGUAGUAAUAGUGGCAAUAACAGUAGUAACAGCAGCAGCAGCAGCAGCAGCAGCAGCAGCAGUAGUAGUAGCAGCAGCAGCAGUAGCAGCAGCAGCAGCAGCAGCAGCAGCAGCAGCAGCAGCAGCAGCAGCAGUGGAAGCAGCAGUAGUAGUGAGGCUUCCUGUGUCAUUAACCCUGCCCUGCCUGGCAGUAGCCCAGAGCGGUGUUCAGAUGGCACGGCGAGUACCACCAGCAGCCCGGAGAGUGUGUCCCGGGCAGGCUCAGACCACAACACCAGUACUGACACUGGCCAUGGCAGCACCGACAGCAACAGUGGCAGUGAGACAUCCUCCCAGGGCUUCAGCACUAAGAGCCCAGGCACCUCGGCCUCAGGGAAGCCCUCCUCCUCUCUCAAGCAGAUAUGCCGGGUGCUGCCCAUGCCCUCCACCAACAGCCGGCGGUCGUCAUCCACCAGCGACCACAGUGACUCUGUCCCGCAUGGCGCACCACCCCCGCCAGCCACCCAGCAGUCCCCACGACACUCUGACGAGAAUGAGGGAACCAACAUUGGCGGGAAGGGCAACGAACGCAAAAAGAUCUGCAUGAAGAGGAACUACCGCACAGUGAUCAAGAAGUACCCCCUGCGCAGCGGCAUGCGGAAGAGCAAGCCAUACGAGACCGUCCAGAUAGAGAUAAACGAGACCAUUGAGAUCCCAGGGGGCGAAGGGCCUGGCAUGGUGCACAAGAGUCUCAAGAGGAAGUGGAGUGGCAUCCUGGACUCUGAGGAGGAGGAUGAGGAGGACGGCUGCCAAAAGGAUGCCGGGGGAAGGUCUCAGGGCCAGGACGAGAACACUAGCCCUGGGAGUGACGGCGAAAACUCCAAGGAGAAUGCAGUCUCCAAGAAGGUCCUCAAGUUCUCAGACGACAACAACGACAUCACAGUGAGCAUUGUCAACAACAACAACAACCUGUGCGAGUUCUCUAAGUCCCGCAGCCACCGGUACCGCCACAAGACUGUGCUACAGCUGGAUGGGGCGGCAGACGGCUCCUCCUCCAGCGCAGAAAUGAGUGAGAGUCAAGAUGAAGGGACGGGCGAGGAGAGGACAGUUCGCUCCCACGGCCAGGACGACCCUCAGACGCCACCCCUGCACUCAUCCCUGGCCAUGCGCAUCAAGGAACAGAGUCUGGCACGCAGCUCACCGGGGGAGGAGGGCCCCUACAAGUGUUCCAAGUGCAAGAGGCUUUACAGGACCAAGGAGAGCUGUGAGAAGCACAUUGAGACCUGCACAUUUGAGGUGGACAGCUCCAGUACAUCAGAUGAAGAUGAGGAGUAUGAGGACAAUCUCCACUCAGAUGAGGACAACAAAGAUGAAGAUGACAACCAGGGCCUCAGAGAACCCUUAUCCCCCAAGGUGGAGGCCUCAACCUCCCAAUACCCCCCAACCCCUAGUGUGUCGAGUGUAGGGGAAUACCUCUCCUCUCCCCCUGAACUUUCUUCUGGCCAGCAUUCCAUGGAAGGGCAGGAGAUAUCCCUGAUUGGUAAUCUGGUCUCCAACAUUGAGCAGGGCCUCUCCAGCACUCCCCUGCAGCAUAUGGAUGGCUCUAAGGCUCCUGAGUUCCUGGGGACAUCCAGCACAGACAGUGAGGAGCCAGCAGUGAAGAAGCAGAGGCUGGACCCUGCCCUGCCACGCCAGCCUGGCGUGCAUCGGCAGGUCAGGACAGCCAUCAAGAAGUCCCCCGGCAGUGGAGAGGACGUGGAACUGUUGGGUGUGGUACGCGGUGCCCCACCUCCUGGCACAGACGUCUUUGUGCCCCCACCCGUCUCCCCUGUCAAGUUCAGCCCCAUUGUCAAGAAGAGUGCCAGUCCCCGCCGCUACACCAACAUCCGACUGAUGCGGGGCAACCGGGGCUACCAGUACCGCCGGGCACCCCCCCACAUGCCCACUCAGGACCAGUACCAUGGGGCUGCCUCCAGUCUGCCUCUGCCGCCCACUGCUGCAGCCCCCAUCCAGGUGACCAUGCACCCUAUGGCCAACACUUCAGGCCAGAUCCUGACCCAGGGCACUCCUCCCUUCCAGCAGUUUGGCAACCAGUCCACUCAGUACACACCUGCCGCCCAGCUCGCCUCCACUGUCACCCACCUCAGCCCUGCCCUGCAAGUGGGACCUCAGGUCACCCAGGUAGCCCCACAGGUGUCUCCACAGGUCAGCCCACUGCUCACCAUGGUGUCCACACCCUCGGUGGCUGUGCCACAGGGCUACACGCUGCAGUAUGUAGGCAGCUUCAGGGAUGGAGAGAUGGCCUCAGGGGGCAGCAGCCUGGUGACAUACCCGGCCGCCCCAGUGGUGGUGCCUCAGCCACAGCUGGUGAUGACACCUCAGCAGAGCUCUGUGGUGAUGCCACAGAUGGUCAACACCAACAUCACAUAUUCCUUCACCUCACCAGACACGCUGCUUAUCAACCAGCCAGCCGUGGUGCCGGGCAUGCAGCCGGUGCAAUACUUGACACAGCAGCAGCAUCAGCAGCAGUCCAGUCAGCCUCAGCAGCACCAGCAACAGCCCCACCAACAGCAGCAGCAGACACAGCUGCUGCACCACUCAGAGCACCAGCAAGUUACACCUGUCAUGCAGUACAGCCAGACAGCCAUGUCACCACAACACACACAGAUGUCUGUGUCUCACAUGCAUAACACUCAGCAGGUGCAUGCCCCUUGCAUCCAGCUGUCUGACUUGCAGGCCAGCCCAGUGUGCCUCCCCCACCAGCACCACCACCAGCACCACCACCACCACCACCACCACCAGCAGCAACAGCAACAACAGCAGCAGCAGCAGCAACAGCAGCAGCAACAACAGCAGCAGCAGCAGCAGCAGCAGCAGCAACAGCAGCAGCAGCAUUCCCAGCCAGCCAUUGUGUCUCGAGAGUUGUCCUUUACUGGCACCAAGCAGGUUCCUGCUCACCAGAGUGUGCUGAGUUCCCCGGGCACUGCCGAUCUGCCACUCAGUCUGUCUGCAGCCUCCACCAUCGGCACCUACUCCGUCCCCACCCCCCGGCCCCGCCCCCAGGCCUCUGUAGCGCCCCAGGUCAUCAGGCCACAGCCCGUGCAGACCACAGCCUCUCAGGACAGCAAUCUCAUGGACACCCAGGCACACUCCCGCCUGCCAUUCGCAGACCGGCCGCUGGUGGGAGGCGUGAGGACCGUGGCCACUGUGGCCCCAGCCAUCAUCACCACCUCUGUGGUAUCAAUCUCCACCUGUAGCAUGGCCACCAAACUGACCUCUGUGGAGACCACCCCCAAGAUAGCCACCGUGAGGCCCAGGCCCACCUACAGUUACCGGGAUGCCAUGAGGGAGAAGCAGCUGGAGAGGCAGAAGCAGAGACAGGAAAUCAUUCAAAUAAACCAGGUGCAAGCGUCUGCAGGACACCCGGAGUUCCUCAAGGAGCAGGAGGGAUCCCAGACAGUUGCAUCCGACUCCGAGAGUGACUCCGAAAACGAGAACACAUGCCCAGAGACGGAGAAGGACGAACGCCUGGAGACACAGUCAUACAAGCUGGUGCUGCGAAAGGACAACACGCUGAGCUCUGGCUUCAACGUGCUACCCAUAUCAGGCCCCGCCACACCCCUCCCCGCCCCAGAGGUCAAGGAGCUGCGGAUAAAGGCCAAGGUGUCCGUCGGUCCCAAGAGGAAGACCAAGAACCGUGACCGUGAGAAGGACCUCAUCAUUGUGAACAAGGACAUCACCAACGACCUGUACGUCAAUGAGCAGCUGCCCAACCUAUCCCUCCAGCAGCCAGUCCACACACCCUCAGAUGACCCGGCCCUGUUUGACAAGCCCAAGACAUGCAGCACGGAGCCCUACAUUGUGUUUGAGCUCACCUCUGACGACGGCUUCCGGGUGGAGUCCCGCCACAUCUCAGAGGUGUGGCAGAAAGUGUUUGAUGCUGUGGCAGCCGCCCGGGCCAGCAUGAGAGUGGACUCCAAGAUGCCAACCAACAUGCAGCAUCCUGGCCCAGGUGGGGCCAUGUCUGGCCUCCACAUGCUGGGCCUCACCCACAAUGCAGUCCAGUACCUCCUGGAACAGCUCCCUGGGGCCAAGGACUGCCACAAGUACUCCUUCCAGUUCCACCGGCGGCCGCAGGAGGAAGGUGCCGUGGAAGAGAACCCAAGUGGGUGUGCCCGCACGGAGGCCUUCAAGACUCGUUCUCCUUAUGACAUCUUCAGCUGGCUGGCCUCCAAGCACCGCAGGAUGCCAGAACGCUCCCUUGUCCAACAAGAGGAGAUCCAGCUCUCCACCAGACGUGCCACCAGCCUGGAGUUGCCCAUGGCCAUGAGGUACCGCCACCUGCGAGAGACAGCCCGGGAGGCGGUGGGAGUGUUCCGCUCCAACAUCCACGGCCGAGGUCUGUUCUGCAAGCGUGACAUUGAUGCUGGGGAGAUGGUCAUCGAGUAUGCCGGCCAGGUGAUCCGCUCCAGCAUGUGUGACAUGAGAGAGAAGGAUUAUGAGUCCAAGGGCAUCGGCUGCUACAUGUUUCGUAUUGACGAUGACAUGGUGAUUGACGCCACCAUGCACGGCAACGCAGCCAGGUUCAUCAACCACUCCUGUGAUCCGAACUGUUACUCCCGUGUGGUGGACAUCCUUGGCAAGAAGCACAUCAUCAUCUUUGCCCUGAGGAGGAUCCUGCGGGGAGAGGAGCUCACCUAUGACUACAAGUUCCCCAUUGAGGAGGACAAGAUCCCCUGCACAUGUGGAACUCGGAGAUGCCGCAAGUACCUCAACUGAAGCCCUCCAGGAACACCAAGGCAUUUCCUUCCUACACAGUGGCUGAAGAAAACCCAGCCAAGAGCACCAACGGAUUCACCAAGUUCCCCCCACCCUCGCUGGUUCGCCUUAGGUGGCCAGGUAACAACUUACAACUGUAUGGGCUGAAGUAGGUCAUUUGGAACACUGAUUAGAGCCCCUUCCCUCCCCUUCCCCUCCCUUCCUAAUUGUUAUGGUUGCCAAACAGACCAGGCAGCUUCCUCUGAUCUCACUAUGAUCAUCUGUCCACGUGAAGUGAGAGGCAGGCAGGUAACAUGAGCCAGCCUCUCCCCCUCACUCCCUCUGCUGGGAUGAGUUGUAGUCCCCUUCACUCUUGCCCCCCCCUCCCCCCCCAAAAAAAAGACCCACAACUGAAGUAACUUUAUAGUAUACUCUGUGUGCUGAUGUGAUUUGUUCCUCAUGUAAAACUGCUUAGGCUAAGUUUGUCUACUGAAGCCCUCCCGGAGGUGCCCCCCAGAGUCCUCGAAGUUCCUCAGUGCAUCCCAGGUGAAGGUUCCUCAGACUCUUCAGUGUGCCGUGGUCGGCUGGAGUCGGCACCAACCAAAACACACGCAUUAAGGUUUCCAGUUGCACUUGUUACAAUGAUCAUACAACUUUUUGAUGUAAUCUACUGUUGCCGUUGUUUUAUCGUUUGAGUUACUUGACUUUCAGCAAAGCGUGGUGUCUCAAAGCGAGCACUGCGCCGGGUAGGAGCGUGAGCGGUUUCUGUUGUGUUUUAAUGAUUUUUUUUAAUUCUUGGAAAAUAGCUGACAUACCUCAUAUGAUCCCUAUGUAUAGUGAAGUAGAAAUCUCAGUGUACUGGGAGUGUGUGUUUUGUGUCUGAUACAAACUGACGACGAUGAUGUCUGUUGGUUCAGAUAGAGUUCUCAGUUCCUUCUUGAGUGAGGCUGUUACCAGUGAUGAGAGAGAUGAGAGGUGAGAGAAAGACAUGAGAGAUGAGAGAAUAAAGUGAGAUAGAUGUGAGAAAGACAUGAGUGAAAGAUAUGAGAUGACAAAUAAAAAAUGUGAAAGGUGAAAGACAUGAAAUGAAAGAUGAGAGAGAGAGAGAGAGAGAGAGAGAGAGAGAGAAAGAGAGAGGCAUGAGAUGAGAAAUAAAAGAUGAAAGAGAGAGAGAGAGAGAGAGAGAGAGAGAGAGAGAGAGAGAGAGAGAGAGAGAGAGAGAGAGAGAGAGGCAUGAGAUGAGAAAUGAAAGAUGAAAGAGAGAGAGAGAGAGUGCUCCUCCUCGGCCACACUGUAAGCUGCACCUGUGCCUGGGUGAGGAGGAGGAAGCCUUUGCUGAGGGAGGAAUUGAAAGGUGUGGUAUAGUACAGGUAACUAAAGGGAAACCAGAGACCUCGGAGUGCAUUUGGCAUAAUCAUGCACCAAUUCCUAUAAUUUAAGUAGAUGUUUAAUUAGAUCACAUUUUGCAUUAUACUUUUGUGAUUCUUAGCAACCAUGUGAUGAAGUACAGUGAUUCUGAGCCAUGAUAGGUUUAUUGUAGUGAAUUAAUUGACUGGGGCUUAUUUCAAGAGUCCCUUUGGCGCUAAACAAACUUUUCAGGAAAAGAAAAGUCACAAAAAACAUUGACGCAUUUCAUACAUAUUAGAUUCUAACUUGCCUCAAAAACACAACAAAAGAUUAGGUUACAAUACAGUAUGGCUUUUUAAACCACACAGUUGUCAGCUGGCACACCACCACUGAGCUUGUCACAUACUCUGUAAUAUAAAGCAGCAGCAGUACAUUCACUAGAUUCAUCACACAAGUACCAAAAUCUUCUACUAGCUCCUUGGGCUUCACUUUGCAUCACAAAACCAAUCAGCACGAGGCGAGCGGCAAGGCUUGUGAUGGGUGCGAGUAGCAGUCCGCCACACACCACAACACAACUACUUAAUGGAUCCAGUGGUGUGUGAGAGUGUGAUAGAGUGAGUGCAUGAGAGAGAGAGAGAGAGAGAGAGAGAUAGCGGGGCACCGAAACACAGUGCCAUCAAAGUUGUAGCUCGUCCAAGCAUGGCAAUGAGUGCCAAGGUAGAUCGAUCUACUGAAUGUACCGGUUGUUCUCUGUAUUGUUGACAGUUGUUUGCUCUAGUGUGAUCCUUGUCAGGACUCUUAAUUACCUUGCAGUUUGAGGAUUCCUAAUGUAGGAUACAGGAUUGUGUAUAUAGCUACAGUAUGUGUGCACAAUCAAGGAUUAUCAAAAGUAUUAUGGUUACUACUGUAGGAACACCUUUAGUUCCAUACAGGGAAUUUGUAUUCAUGGUCUCUUAGGGCAACGGAGUCCCAGGGAAGAACUCUGAAUCCGGUGGAAAGAAUUCUUACAAGCAAGUUUUUAUCCAUUGUAAACUGCCAGCAUCUUGAGGGGAAACUGAACCUUGAGGAAAAGAAGAGCAUUGUUGACGUACACAAAAAUGAUCAAAUGGUGCUAAUAGGUGGUUGACUUCAUUUUGUUCUCUGUUGAGGUAUUUAAAAGAAAUUCCAUUAGAACAGAAGAAUUAUUGGGGACGGAACCCAUAGUGAGAGGUCAAGUGGGGCGUAACUAAUGGCAGUGGUGCAGCGGCCGGCCGCACAAACUGGUCAGUAUUUGUGUGCGAGUCAGAACCUCCCGGGGCUGGCGGGGCUGCGGUGCGUGUGGUCUGACCUGCCAGGACUUUAUUGUGAUUUUUUUUUUCUUUUCUUUUUUCUUUUUUCAUCUGGAGGUGAGAGCGAGCCGGCCGGCGCUGUGCUGCACAUGGUGUUGACGUGCCCCGUGUGUCUGCUGGACACUAAACAGCUUCAAGUGAGCAAUAAAAUUAAUAAAAGUACCAUCUGUGUGCCUAAAUUUUGUGAUAGAUGAAAGGUCUUUUUGAAAGAUCACAUUUUUUUCAGGGCUCAAGUAAAAUAGUUAAUGGGGAUGUUAUAGAGUUAAAAGAUUUCUAAAUAUUUUGCUGUCAGUUUAUUAGUUUGAUAGACCACAGCAGUGCUGUGGUAUUCAUUUUGAUAGAAAUUUCAUACCACUCAUUUCACACAACCAAUGAUAAACCAUAGAACCCACCACAACCAAUUACUGUAACCUUGACCACCAAGAUGCAACAUGGCAGUCUCGCACCAAAACAGGAUUCAUCUCUGUAAAUGUUAUAUGUACAUAUGUAUUUUGGCUUCACCUUUUCCAAAUGUGAAUGGAAUGCUUUUGAAAGUGUUUUUAAUGUAAAGAGAAUAGAGUUUUUAUUUCAUAGAGGAGUUUUAUAUGACGUGUGCUAAAUUUUUUGGAACCACCAACAGUAAUUUGUGCCAUCAAAAGUGAGUACAAAGUUAGCAUUUAGCUGUUCUUGUGACGGGUACGAAUAAAACGAUAUUCCUGAUUUGUACUCAAGAGUACUAAAACUCAAGUUGCAGUACCUAACUUGAGAUUGUCCUAGUUCAAAUGAGGUUUUAUAUCGUAGAGCCAGUCUUGUGGAUGAUUUAUGAGUAUUACGUGAGCUCUGGCUAGGGCAGACUCAAGACAAGGCCUGGAAUUUGGAUAUAAGGCACUAGUCACCCACAUGGAGUUUAGUGGCUGCUUUCCGUGGCCAUGUGACGGGCGGAGGUGGAGGGUGUGAAGUGCGGCUGUUUCCCGGUGAGGUGAAAUGUUUCCAAAAAUGUACGUGAUUAUUGGCUGUCCAAUUUUGCUCAAGGUGUUGUGAAUGAAGUCUUGACCCGUUGAGUGAUGAUGACAAUGACACUUCUGACUUUGGUAAACCCAGACAAUCUUACAAAGCAAAAUAUAAACUGCAUGCAGGAAGGUGUCAACUACUCAGUUACUCUUUUUGCGGCCAGUGCCGUCUCUCAGAAUAGUACUUUACGCUUGUACAAAUCAGUUCUAUCAAGGUAGGAAGCCAUGCUAGUUAAAAAGGGUUAAUGCUACAUAUAUAUUAUUUCUUUCAAUUGUGGAUUAACCUUUUUUUAUUUGUUUAUGAUUGUAAGAUUUUGAUUCUACAGUGUUUAAAACUGUACUAUGCUUGGUUUUAUCAACAGUUGAUUAAUAAGUUGGGCACACUUCAGCAUCUAUUCUCACGUCUUUAGAUUUUCAUAGUUCUGUUUGGCAGAUCAACAAUAGCUGCUGUUUUUGGCGUCACCGUUCCAAUGAAGCUCGUCAGGUGGAAGUUCAGUCUUUACUCAAGUUCUUAAAAUGCUUCAUUCACACACCAUUUAAAUGUAGAGUUUUGUUUCCCUCUUUUCUUUGUUAGUGGCUGUCGUCUUGUUGGGUCACCUCACUGGGAACGAGUCUCGUCUCACCGCCACAGAAAGCAGGCCAGUUUGUUUGACUCUUGUCCGAUCCAUUGUUUGGUUUUCAGAGCAAUCAAGGCACAACACCAAUGGCUUUUCCAUGCUCUUGUCCCUCCCUCAAAAGAAUAGGUUAAUGAGUCAAUACAUAAAUAACAAUCAACAUAAUCAUAUGACAUGCUUAACGAUUUCCAAAUUUGUCACUCAUUUUGCGUUUGGUCUUAAUCUUCCAGAGUGACAUGGAAUUGUCAUUGGUGCAAAAUUCAAUGACCGACAAAUUAAAACCUGAGUGUUGUUGUCAGUGUUAAUUACCCCAACAGUUCAAUGAAGCACAUGUGGUUGUUACAGCAAAUGAUGGGCAUCAUUCCAGUGUUCUGUAAGUGUUGCUUUCACUUAGGCAAUAAGUUAUACCCUUUUCAUUCCUUACCAAAGAGUUUUUUUUCUUCUUUUUAUCAUGUUCAUAAAUUACCAGGCACUUAGAUUUUACAUAUGUAGUUUUAUUAUCUGAGUUGUUACCCCUGUACACUUUAUUUCCCCGCUAAUACUAAUGCACGUUUGUACCACAUUUGCACCACAGCUGUUCCACAAGUGUAGCCUAUACCACAUCUGUACAAUAUUUGUAACACAUGCUAUCACAGCUCCUAGUUGGAACCCCUCACAGUCUCAGUUGGUGGGGGGUGUGGCGGCGGCGGGCGGCCUCUGCUCCUAGGGCCGGCCACUCCCUCCGUGCCCCCCACGCAGUUAGCUUCGGGCAGAGCAAGUGUUACUGGGUCACUAAAUAAAAUUUUCUUACUGCA